AUGCCCAACGGAUGCUGCGGCGGCGGAAACAGCUACAACGUGUGCUGCUACAGCAGCCCCAAGACCUGCUGCAAGAGGCCCAUGUGCUGCCCCACGCAGUGCUGCAGCCCCUGCUGCAUGCCCAUGCAGUCCUGCUGCAUGCCCAUGACCUGCUGCUACACCAUGAGCCGCAACAACAGGGGCUGCUGCGGCGGCAACAACGGCGGCUGCUGCGGCGGCAACUGA